AUGUUUGUAUUUCUAGUCAUUUGUGGUGUGUUUGGCACAUCUCUUGCUGCCAAUCACACACUUUGUGGCCAACAGGUAACCAAGGUGAAUGACGAUUCGAGUCACUAUGUGGUGGGAGGUGUGAACGCUAACCCCCAAGAGUGUGACGGCAGUUGUCUCGGCUCCUACACCUCGGACUCCUAUUUAGGUGUUUAUGAAAAGUAUGCCAUCAGUACGGACUCCGAGCCCUGCGCUCCCAUAGGAAAGGCAAUUCUCGAGAAGGGCGGGAAUGCCAUCGACUCUAUGAUAUCUGUGUUACUGUGUAUGGGAGUCACGAUUCCCGAGUCCAUGGGUUUGGGUGGCGGUGCCUUAAUACUCAUUUAUAACGGU